CCAUUUCACUCGACAGUCAUGGCUAAGUUUCACAUUCUGAUUGCCUUAGUAGCACUCACUACAACCCUAGUCACCAUUAAUGGACAGAGCAGUGGUUGGCAAGAUGCACAUGCAACAUUCUAUGGUGACAUGACUGGUGGAGAAACCAUGCAAGGAGCUUGUGGCUAUGGUGACCUUUUCAAACAAGGUUAUGGCCUUGAGACAGCAGCACUAAGCACGGCACUAUUCAAUAAUGGGCAAACUUGUGGUGCUUGCUAUAUGAUAACGUGCGUUGACGAUCCAGAGUGGUGCAUACCUAAUGCUGGUCCAAUUACAAUUACGGCAACCAAUUUUUGCCCUCCAAAUUACUCCAAACCUGAUGGAAACUGGUGCAAUCCGCCGCUAAAACAUUUCGAUCUGUCCUUGCCUAUGUUCUUGAAGAUUGCAAAGUACAGAGCGGGAAUCGUCCCUGUUCGCUUUCGCAGAGUUCCUUGUGUCAAAAGUGGAGGAGUGAAGUUUGAGGUGAAGGGAAAUCCCAACUGGAUUCUUGUGUUGUUGUACAAUGUUGGAGGAGCAGGUGAUGUUAUUAAUGUCAAGAUCAAGGGCUCAAGCACUGGCUGGCUGCAGAUGUCUCGCAACUGGGGCCAAAAUUGGCAGACCGGAACCAACUUAGUAGGCCAAGCUUUGUCAUUCCAAGUGACCACAAGUGAUAACAAAGUGCUGCAAUUUGAUAAUGUUGCCCCAGGAAAUUGGCAGUUCGGACAAAAUUUUGAGGGGAGGCAAAAUUUUUGAAUGUAUUAAUUCAAGUGCCUAUAGAUGCAUUUGUCUGAAGUUAUUGCUUGCAUAUAGCAUGUUUACCAAUUGUUAAAAACUAAAUAAUGAUAUACACUUUUCUGUGGCUACU